GUGUAGCUCGUGAGAGUCUCUCGGGAGGCUGGAUUAGCCACAAGUUGUGGUGAACCAGGGUAAAUCUUGGUGUGCUCCCUUUACGCUUUCUACGCUCUUUAUCUUUCACGUUCUUAAUUUUUUAUUCCUGCGAUUUCUACGAUCAAACGCUAUUCACCCCCCCUCUAGCGUUGGUCACUUAUUCUAACAAAAAGACUACACCGUGGGCCCGAGGACGCCCUCGGCCGGGGUGUACUCCGUGGGCGCGCCCGUGGGGACGGGUCGAGAGCUUGCCCUCUCCCCGCUCCCUCACGUAGAGGCUUACGCGGUGUCCAGCGGAGCCAAGUAUUGCGAGUAUCAUCGCAACAACACUCAUAACACCAAGCAAUGCUUCACUCUUCAGAAGGAGAUGCAGCGACUUAUCGCCCGAGGGCCGCCUCCACGAGACAGUGGAGCAGCUCCUUCCCAGGGUCCGCCGGAAGGAAGAACUUGGAGGAAGCCGACUGAACCGGUCGCGGUGGCCACACAAGCAAGGAACCCCGAGAAGAGGCACAUCGGGCGGGAGUGUGACGAUCUAGACGAGGACGAAGCCCAAGGAUAUCCGGUGGGAUUUAUCCAUGGAGGAAAAAUUGGCGGGGACUCCGUCGCUCAAAGGAAGAGGUGGAAGCACAUGGCCUUCGUCGCCAAAGUCCAUCAGGCGUCGGCGCCCAAGCACGGAAGACGAGAGCAAAUCCAAUUCACGGAGAAGGAUCUUCCGAACACGCCGAGCCCCCACCGGGAUGCCUUGGUCGUGAAGAUGGAGAUUAACAAUGCCAUAGUGCACCGCACCUUGGUGGACACGGGAAGCUCGGUCAACAUAAUGUAUGAGAAGACCUUCCAAGACCUCGGCUUGGAACGCAAGGACUUAAGGCCCGUGCGCACUCCUCUCUACGGGUUCACGGGGGACUCCAUCGAGGCCGAAGGAGUCAUCGCCGUGCCCGUGAUAGUAGGGGAGGGUGCGCACAAGGCCAAGCUAAAGAUGGAGUUCAUGGUUGUAAGCAUCAACUGCGCGCACAACAUGAUCCUAGGACAACCCGGCCUUGAGGACUUGGAAUGUGUGAUCUCACCAUACUACUUGUGCAUGAAGUUUCCCACUCCGUCCGGGAUCGGAGUGGCAAGGGGAGACCAAAAGUUAGCUCGAUCGUGCUACGUCCGAAUCACGAAGAAAUUGCCAAGGGAUGAGACGUUGGUCGUACACGCACAAGAAGAAAUGCGGAAGCUAAAAGCGCGGCCGAAGGCCGAGCCUGCUAAGGAGGUCGAGGAAGUGCCGCUCAACCCGCAGAUACCCGAGCGGAAGGUUAAGAUCGGGGCGGGCCUAACAAGGAGCCAGCGGAAGCGCUUGGUGGACGUGCUCGCCGCCUACCGCGUGAUCUUCGCGUGGGGACCCGGGGAUAUGCCGGGGGUGGACCCCAAGAUCAUAUGCCACCGGUUGGCAGUCAACCCGGAGUCUAGGCCGGUGAAGCAGAGGAAGCGAUUCCUCUCGUCCGAGCGGAGGGAGUUUGUCUCCAAGGAAGUGGCCACCCUCCAGAGCAUUGGGCAUAUCAGAGAGAUCGAAUUCAAGCCAAGGCCAGCAAUCAAGGGACAAGCGCUAGCCGACUUCGUGGUAGAGUGCACCACUCGAGAAGAGCCGAGCCCGGAACUUAAAACCGAUGAUUGGUGGACAGUUUUUACCGACGGGUCCUCCGCCGCCAAAAACUCGGGGGGUGGAGUGGUAGUCAUCGCUCCCGAAGGCUUCAGAGCAUAUUACUCAGUCCGAUUCGGCUUCAAGGCAUCGAAUAAUGAGGUGGAAUAUGAAGCGCUCUUGUGCGGGCUACGCUUAGCAGCCGGGAUGAACGCGACAAAGUUAAGGAUAAAGUGUGAUUCACAGUUGGUGGUUGGCCAUGUCUCGGGAGAGUUCGAGGCGAAGGACGAAAGAAUGAAGAAAUACAAAGAUACGGCUUUAGAACUUCUUAAAAGCUUCACCGCGUAUAGUGUCGAGCAGAUCCCUCGGGCGGAGAAUGCCGAGGCAGAUAUCCUGUCGAAGCUGAGCUCCGACACGCCCGAGCACAUCAGGAGGAUGGCAAACGUGGAAGAGCUAUCUGAGCCGAGCAUCCAUGCCUUCCCCGUGGUAAUGAUCUGCGCUCGGCCCAGAGAUUGGACGGACGACAUAGUUGCCUUCCUAAAGGAUGGCGCCCUCCCGGACGAUGCAAUGAAGGCCAAGUUGGUCCGGACAAGGACACUGGGGUAUACAUUGGAAGGCGAGAAGUUAUACAAGCGAGCGUACAACGGGACGCUACUCAGGUGCCUUCGACCAACUGAAGCGAAACAAGUAAUGGGGGAGGUGCACGCCGGAAUCUGCUCCGCCCACCAGGGGGCUUAUGCGGUGUCAAGGAAGAUAACCCUCCAAGGGUAUUUUUGGCCAACAAUUGUUAAGGAUUGCGCGGAGUUCGUGAAGAAAUGUAAGGUGUGCCAAGAGUUCCAGAAGGUACCAGGGAGGCCUUCAACAAACUAUACCCCCAUCAGCACGGCUAUCCCGUUCGCGCGGUGGGGAGUAGACCUCAUGGGCGCACUUUCUAGGGGCACCGAGAACGUAAGCUGGGGGAUCAAGCACAGCUAUGCUUCGGUUGGGUACCCUCAGACAAACGGACAGGUCGAGAACGCCAACCGAACGAUAGUCAACGGGCUGAAGCGGAAGUUGGAGGCCUGCGGAGAGUGGGCAGAGGAGUUGCCUUAUAUCCUAUGGACCUACCGGACUUCGCCUAGGAGGGCAACCGGGGAAACCUCGUUUGCCUUGUGCUACGGAUUCGAGGCAAGGGCCCCUGCAGAGAUCUCCAUCGCAACUCACCGGGAGGAGGUCUUUGACCCUGAGCGCAACGAAGAAGCCCUGGCAACCGAGCUCCAUCUCGUACACGAGAGGCGAGAAGCGGCCUUCAUACGGGCAGAGAAUUACCGAAGGAAGGUGAAGAGCUACCAUGACGGGCGCGUGCGCGCACAGGGGUUCAUCGAAGGAGAUUGGGUGCUGCGCAAGAGGUCCGUAAGCCGCCCCCUAGAAGGUGGAAAAUUUGCCAAGAAUUACGAAGGCCCUUACAUCAUCAAAGAAGUGGUAGGCCCCUCGACGUUUCGCCUGCAGACGCCGAGCGGAGGGGAUGUGCCCAGGACAUGGAAUGCCGAGAACUUGGUUAAGUUUUAUCAAUAGAUUUCGAAUGUACACGGCCCCCAAAUAGGGGAACCCGUAAACCUUUUGAUUGAAUUCAAUGAAAUGUAUUUUUUGCG